UAGAGAGUCUGGACUCUGGACUCUGAACAGUCCCAGACUCGGACCCGACGGCCUACCGAAGUCUAAGCUUCUACUGUCACCGUGUCCCACAUUCCGUCAAUGGGUUCUCAUCGGAAUGAAGGGCCUGGGUACAUGCUGGUCUCGUGAUCUCUUGACGACCUAUAUGGUCAAUUCUCAGAACACGAUUUUGGAAUCACUCGCGUCGUAAGCCUUUUGUUUCUCAGCUCUACAUUACCACCAUGUUCAGCAAGAGAAGGGCUUUCAGCACCCUCUGUUUCGCGCUCGCAGCUGGCGCAACAACCCAAACGUUCCUUGGUUUAGACACUCCCAACUAUGGAACUUCAAGGCAGCUCAUGAAGUCGUUCACACAGUCUUUCACAGCGCCUUACGACGAAGGGUUGUUCAUGCCUGUCGAGCAGCUCGGUGCACUCUCAGAGGCACAAUUUACCACCCUCGGCCACCCUUUAUUCCCGAACCAUAGUGUUCGGAUUAAAAAGUCUUCUGAUUUCUGUGAUGGAACUGUGAAUGCUUACACGGGGUACAUCGAUAUCCAGGCCAGGCAUCUAUUCUUUUACUUUUUCGAGAGUAGGAAUGAUCCUGCCAAAGACGAUGUGAUCUUUUGGACCAAUGGUGGUCCCGGGUGUUCCUCCAGCCUUGGUGUCUACGUGGAACUAGGACCUUGUCGAGUGGUAAACGACACUAGCACGGUGUUCCAUCCCGAGUCCUGGAACUCUAAUGCGAAUAUCUUCUUCGUGGAUCAGCCAAUUGGUGUUGGUUUCUCGUACGCAGACUAUGGAGAGACUGUGAGCACUACUGAGGAAGCUUCGAAAGAUAUCGCUGCAUUUGUCGCGAUUUUCUUCGAAAACUUCACUCAGUUCAAAGGACGUGCGUUUCACAUGGCUGGAGAGUCUUAUGGAGGACGUUACGUCCCAGUCUUCGCUGCUGCAGUCUACGAUCAGAAUGCAUUGUUGACUGCGGCUGGUGUUACGCCAAUCAACCUUCAGUCUAUCAUGAUCGGCAACGGUUUGACCGACUUUUACACAAUGACCGCGGCCUAUGUAGAAAUGCAAUGCACUGGCGCAUCGGUCUCCCCUGUGCAGAGCAUCUCUGCCUGUAAUCGUAUGAAACAAGCGCUCCCUCGAUGCCAAAAGUGGUUGACAGAUUCAUGCAUCAACCAAUUCGAUUUAAUGAACUGUGAAGCGGCUUCAAACUUCUGUGAUACUGAGAUAUCAGAUCCUUUUUUCUCGACCGGCAUGAAUCCCUACGAUCUCAGCAAGGCCUGUGAUGGACCUAUCGCGGAGACGUUAUGUUACCCCAUUACGCUGUCUAUGGCAAACUUCCUUGACCAACCAUCCGUGCGUCAGAAACUCGGCGUGGAUCCCGCUGUGACAGGAAACUAUAGCUCCUGCAGUGAUCCCGUUGGACAGGCUUUCUCGUUGACUAUGGAUGAGUACCACCCAACCUACCCUCACGUUGCCGCACUUCUUGAGCGCGGCGUGCGCGCAUUGAUAUAUGUGGGAUCAUAUGACUGGAUCUGCAACUGGCUUGGUAACCAGGCGUGGACGCUCAACAUGGAGUGGAGCGGCAAAGAAGCGUUUGGGCAGCAACCCCUCGAGUCUUGGCUGGUUGAUGGAAAAGUCGCUGGAAAGACUAGGAGUGCGAACGGACUCACGUUUGCUACUGUGGAUGGUGCAGGCCAUAUGGUCCCGCUCGACAAACCCAAAGAAGCACUCACCAUGGUACAACGUUGGUUGGCUGGGAGUGGCUUAUAGGUAUUCACACAGACACCUAUUUAUAUCCGUGGUUCCCCUUAAAACCUGAAAGCACAUACAUGUUAAGCUAUAACGCCCGAUGCUACGAACACAAUUCUGACCGUGCAUCUAACAAAGACGUAUACGAAUCAGUGAGGAAUCGGAGCAAGUGCAUGAGAGUGUCUGACGACGAUAAACAGUGAUCAUGAUGUUGGUCAUGGUUUCAGAUGCUUACUUGUCUUCGGAUGGAGCUCGACGAUCGCAGUUUAAUUUCGAAAAUGCCGAGUCACAAUUUGAAUCGCGUUUUUUUUUUAGUUGUCUUGCGGGAUUUGUACUUAAACAGUCUGACUUUCACUGACGUGGGCGGCUUGUGCACUCAGUACCACGUCAGAUCCGACUGACCGCAUUGUUCUACAAUCUAGCCACGGAUAAGAUGCACCGGAAGCGAUCUGAAAAGAU